UGCAAUUGAAUACUUAAAUUUGUAGUUCGAUGUCAUUGUUAUAGUACAAAUAUAAGUAGAACUUUAAAUAAGAUUAUAUCUUAACACUUAAUUAAUUGUUGCAAAGAAAAUAACUUUAUAGUUUUUUGUGAUUCUGUAAAUAUAUUAAAAAAGAUAUUUCAAUUCAACAUAAAAAAAUAAUUUUAACAAUGAAAAAAAUUAUAAUAUUUGGUUCGACCGGGAUGACUGGCCUCUGCGCAUUAGACUAUGCAGUUAAACAAGGUUAUCAAAUAACAGCUUUUGUGAGGGAUGAAAAAAAAAUUCCUGACCAUGUAAAUGGUAAAAUUAACGUUAUAAUUGGAAAUGUUACUAAUUACGAUCAAGUAGAAAAAGCAAUGGUUGACCAAGAAGGAGUUAUCGUAGUUUUGGGAACAAGAAAUGACUUAAAACCAACAACUGAAUUAUCAGAUGGAAUAAAAAAUAUUAUUAGAGCAAUGAAGAAAAAUAAUGUUGAACGAGUAUCAGUCUGCUUAUCUGCAUUCCUGUUCAGACCACCGGAUAAUGUUCCGGCAGCGUUUGUAAAUUUAAAUGCUGAUCACAAGAGAAUGCUUGAUGCUAUCAAAGAAAGCGAGCUGAAAUGGAUUGCCGUCUUACCGCCGCAUAUUGCAGGCUUACCAAAUUUGAAUUAUACUGUUAAGCAUGACGAAUCUCCUGGUCUUGUUAUUUCUAAACAUGGAUUAGGUGAAUUUUUAGUCGACAGUCUAGAGCAAUCAGAACACUACCAAAAAAUUUGUGGAAUUGCUAUUGAGUUAACACAAUUCUGCUCAGUCGCAUAGUUUUUAUUGGAGUUUUGCAAGGAUGCCAAAUUUGUUUUGAAAUAAAAUAAUCAAUUAGCUUGGGAA